AUGCUGGGGCUGUGGGAUGAGAAUGAAUUCGCCCCGGAAGGAAGGCAGCUGGUUCCUGGGGAGACAGAAAUCUGCAAAGGGAGGGUGUCCAAGUCUGGCUGCAGGAGCUACCCAGUGACCCUACGCAGAAGAGUGUCAUGGCUUCCCCAGGGCACAGUCCUGGGCCCUUCAGCAGCUAAAAAAGAUCAGCUGUGGACCAAGAGGGUGCUGAGACCACCCUGCCCUCUGGAAGGGGAAAGGCCACAGCUGCAGGCAGCAGCCGCGGGCGCCGCAGAACUCAGGGGCUUGGGCCCCGCCCCAACCCCGCGCGUGCGCGUGAGCAGGUAUAAGAGAGCGGUCUGGACGGCGCGUGGCCGGCGCCGCUGCGGGGACAGCUCGACCGGCGGCUGGAUGGCGCGGGUUGGAGCGCGGCGAACAGGGGCUCUGGGCCUGGCGCUGCUGCUGCUGCUGGGCCUCGGACUAGGCCUGGAGGCCGCCGCGAGCCCGCUUUCCACCCCGACCUCUGCCCGGGCCGCAGGCCCCAGCUCAGGCUCGUGCCCACCCACCAAGUUCCAGUGCCGCACCAGUGGCUUAUGCGUGCCCCUCACCUGGCGCUGCGAUAGGGACUUGGACUGCAGCGAUGGCAGCGAUGAGGAGGAGUGCAGGAUUGAGCCGUGUACCCAGAAUGGGCAAUGCCCACCGCCCUCUGGCCUCCCCUGCCCCUGCACCGGUGUCAGUGACUGCUCUGGGGGAACCGACAAGAAACUGCGCAACUGCAGCCGCCUGGCCUGCCCAGCAGGUGAGCUCCGUUGCACGCUGAGCGAUGACUGCAUUCCACUCACAUGGCGCUGCGACGGCCACCCAGACUGUCCCGACUCCAGCGAUGAGCUCGGCUGUGGAACCAACGAGAUCCUCCCGGAAGGGGAUGCCACAACGAUGGGGUCCCCUGUGACCCUGGAGAGUGUCACCUCUCUCGGGAAUGCCACAACCAUGGGGCCCCCUGUGACCCUGGAGAGUGUCACCUCUCUCUGGAAUGCCACAAUCAUGGGGCCCCCUGUGACCCUGGAGAGUGUUACCUCUGUUGGGAAUGCCACGUCCUCCUCUGCCGGAGACCAGUCUGGAAGCCCAGCUGCCUAUGGGGUUAUUGCAGCUGCUGCGGUGCUCAGUACAAGCCUGGUCGCCGCCACCCUCCUCCUUUUGUCCUGGCUCCGAGCCCAGGAACGCCUCCGCCCGCUGGGGUUACUGGUGGCCAUGAAGGAGUCCCUGCUGCUGUCAGAACAGAAGACCUCGCUGCCCUGAGGACAAGCACUUGCCACCACUGUCACCCAGCCCUGGGCGCAGCCAGGCAGGAGGAGAGCAGUGAUGCGGAUGGGUACACAGGCACACCAGCCCUCAGAGACCUGAGCUCUUCUGGCCACGUGGAACCUCGAACCCGAGCUCCUGCAGAAGUGGCCCUGGAGAUUGAGGGUCCCUGGACACUCCCUAUGGAGAUCCAGGGAGCUAGGAUGGGGAACCUGCCACAGCCAGAACCGAGGGGCUGGCCCCAGGCAAGCUCCCAGGGGGUAGAACGGCCCCGUGCUUAAGACACUCCUGCUGCCCCGUCUGAGGGUGGCGAUUAAAGUUGCUUCACAUCCUC